CUCACAUCUUGCCUAUCAAUAAUUGAGGCGCGCGCCAGAGAGCAGACGGAGCUUCCCCUCCCGCGCUGCUGCUAUGAGUGCUGCUGUCCGCCCGCUCGGCGCGCGACUCUCCCUCUGUUUGUUCCGGAACAGGAGCCGCUGACAGGUGCGACAGGAGGAGGAGACCGGCUGAGCGACCGGGACUGGACCGGAGCGAACACCAGCGAGUCCAUCCGGGUCGGAGUUUAACCGUUAACCGCAGCAGAACGGAGCGGCUCGCGCAGGUUUAAACUUCUGCUAUUGUUGGGGCUUUUUUUUUUUUUUUUUUUUACUUUCUGGUCCGGAAUGUUGGUGCUGUGCCUGCUGAGUGCCGCCUGGCUCGCUGCUGGCCCGGUUCGGGCUCAGAAUGAGACCGAACCCAUCGUGUUGGAGGGGAAGUGCCUGGUGGUGUGCGACUCCAACCCGACCUCGGACCCGACGGGCACGGCGCUCGGCAUCUCGGUGCGCUCCGGCAGCGCGAAGGUGGCUUUCUCCGCGGUCCGGAACACCAACCACGAGCCGUCCGAGAUGAGCAACCGAACCAUGGUCAUCUACUUUGACCAGGUUUUAGUAAACAUUGGGAGGAAUUUUGACGAGGAACGAAGUAACUUCAUCGCGCCGCGGAAAGGGAUUUACAGUUUUAGCUUCUAUGUAGUCAAAGUCUACAACAGCCAAGCCAUACAGGUGAGCCUGAUGCACAACGGCUGGCCGGUGAUCUCUGCAUUCGCCGACGACCAUGAUGUGACACGCGAAGCUGCCAGCAACGGCGUUCUGAUCCAGAUGGAGAAGGGUGACCGGGCCUACCUCAAACUGGAAAAAGGACACCUGAUGGGCGGAUGGAAAUUCUCCACUUUCUCCGGGUUCCUGGUGUUCCCGUUGUAGAGAGGAAGAAGGAGCUGGGGAUGGAAACAAAGGAGGAAGACGGAAAGUUCAGAAGCGGGAAAAAAAGGACACAAAUGAGCUGGAGGAAGAGAAGAAGAAGAAAAGAGAGGGCGUGACAACGGACGAUGAUUUAAGAUGAAGUUUGAUUAAAGGAAUUAAGAAAAGCUGGUACAUGAGAGAAAAUGGCCACCUUCUCCACUUCCUCCUUUCAUCCAUCCCUUCAUCCAUCCUUUUCCUCUCUCCAUUUUCUUUGUGGCUUAACUGCAGCUUUGGACAGCCAAAACUUUUUUUACUCUCUGCUGAAAAACGCAGCUGAUCAUCUUAUCGUGUCCUGAAGUGUAAGAAUCCCCUCUUUCCUCCUCACUCCUUCAUCCAGCCAUCCGUUUAUCACAUCCCUUCAUCCAUCAGUCUCCUUAAACAUCAACUCUGAAGAAUGUUCUCAAGAGAAAAACUCUUUUCGUUUCUGUUAUUUUUUAUUUUUGUCAUUUAGAGCAAGAUUUGUUCUUGGUUUCAUUUAAAAAAAAUUAAUUUAAACAUGUAACAAACCCAAUUAUGUGAUUGCAGCCUGGGGAUGCUGGUUUAAUUUUUUCAAUAUGAUUGACUUUAAUGUUACUGUUAAAACGUAGUGAAUUAUCCCACAUUUUCUCUUUUGUAAUUUAUUUCUUAAGUCAGUGGUGCAUACUUUCCUCUAUAUCACAGAUAUUACCUUUUAAUAUUUAAAUUCCUUCCCAGAUUAUUAUUGAAAUUUAAGACCUUAAUGAAUUCAAAUCACUGUUAAGAUUUCUUAUGAACUAGUCGUGGGAUAUGAUAGGCGAACAACAUUUCCACUGUAAACUUUGUGAACACGCAACAAACACGCUUUAACCAAAACUAACUUGCCGUAACGAAGCAAAACAUUCUGACAGAACGAGCAAAAAAUUAACAAACACGACAAGACAAACGUAAAUAUAAUUUAAAAUAUGGUAUGGAAAGUUUAGCCAUAUUUAAGAUAUUUUAAAAAAUAAACAUUGAAUAAGUAAACAUAAAUCACUUUGUUAAACCUUCAUUCUGUGGAUGAGACUAAACGUAGCUAUUUGAUGUUUCUCUAAGCCUAACAUAAGCUCCGCCCAGUUUAACGCUAAAUAUAAGUCAGAUGUUUUCUAAACAUUUUUUUACUGUAUUAAUGCUCAGUGAGUGAAAACGUUUAUACAUUUACUGCUUUCCGCUGAAAUUCAGAAGCCGAGGAAUGAGUCAGUAAACGUGAAAGUAUUUUAACUCCAAGUUGUAAGGAGGACCAAACGUGACAAGUAUUUUGUUUUACUGAAGAAACAAACCAAACAAACUAUCCAGAACUUUGAUGAAAAACAUAAUUGGGUGUUUUUAAAUCACCAAAAUGUUUGGAAAGUAAAAUUAAAUAUUUCAGUAAACGUAAAAGUAAUUUAACUCCAAGAUGACAAUUAAAAAUAAUACAAUUAAAUUGAUUUAAUUCUGGUUUUGCACGUUAGCUACAUAUGUACAGUGUAAACAGUGUAUAAAAAUGAAAGGUUGAAUCAAUCUUUUGUCAUCUGAAUUUCUAAUUCCUGUUGAGGUCAAGUGGAGUUUUAUUUAUUUAAUUCGCCUCAUUCCUGCUGCUGUUCUUCAGAAACAAACUUCCUCAUCUUUUGGACCCUCCUCUCUUUUACUCUAUGCUGCUUUCCAUGAAGUACAGAUUUUUAUUUCAUCCUCCUUUGGUUUAUUUUUCACCACAUUCCCCAACUGGCCACCAUUUUGUCCCUCCGCCCUGGACCGCCCGGUGUUUGUUCGCUUCGAAGCACGGACUGUCCUUCGCUUCUCUUCGUGUUGGACUGUGAACUUUGAACCCUGCUACCAUGGAACUUUAACAAUAUAUAUAUACACACAUAAAUAUAUAUAUAUAUAUAUAUAUUUACACACACAUCCAUACACACGCACACAAAUAUAAAUAUAUCAAAGCCACUGUUUUUAUUCUCCUGGUAUUAUGAUGAUAAUAAUGGUACUACUAGGUAAUGAAUUUGACUGAUGACUAUAUUAUCUGUAUUUCUGUACUUGAGUGUUAUAUAAAAGAGAAACAGAAACCUAAUAUUGAUUGUGUGGAAAAAUCUGAACCUGCCAUUCUGCUGAUUAAAAACCUGCUUCUUGUUUUUGUUUUGUGUCGAACAAAUUGUGGCUAAACGGCUAAAACUACUACUUCUAUAGAUAAUGAUAGCGUAAAAGGUCUAUUAUUAUUAUUAUUGACUGUAAAAAUAUUAUAUUUAGACUUUGCGAUUAUUAUUUAUUAAUUGAAUCA